GGAGCCCGGUGUGGCUAAUGCUUUGGGAUUCCCCCCUUGUGGGUACCAUGCCACAUGGACAGUGACCCUGGCAGCUCGUUUCUCAACAAUGGAGGACGCUGAGAAGAUUUUCAGCUCUGAGGAGGAAGCAAUAACCUAUUGGAAGGACCUGGCAAUGACAUAUAAGCGGAGGGCUGAGGAUGCUCAGGAGGAACUUCGAGAAUUCCAGGAAGGCAGCCGCGAGUAUGAAGCAGAGUUGGAGACACAGCUGCAGCAGGUGGAGAGUCGGAACCGGGACCUGCUGUCGGAAAAUAACCGCCUGCGCCUAGAGCUGGAGACCAUCAAGGAGAAGCUGGAGACACAGCACUCAGAGGGCUACCGGCAGGUCUCAGCGCUGGAGGAUGACCUGGCCCAAACCAGAGCCAUCAAGGACCAGCUGCAGAAGUACAUCCGGGAGCUGGAGCAGGCCAAUGAUGACUUGGAGCGGGCCAAGCGGGCCACCAUCAUGUCUCUGGAGGAUUUUGAACAGCGCUUGAAUCAAGCCAUUGAGAGGAAUGCCUUCCUGGAGAGUGAACUGGAUGAGAAGGAGAAUCUCCUAGAGUCUGUCCAGAGGCUGAAGGAUGAAGCCCGAGAUUUGCGACAGGAGUUGGCCGUGCAACAGAAGCAGGAGAAGCCCAGGACCCCAAUGGCCAGCUCGGGGGAAACGGAAAGAAUAGACACUGCAGUACAGGCCACAGGCUCUGUGCCCUCCACACCUGUGGCCCACCAUGGGCCCAGCUCCAACUUCAGCACACCCAAGACCUUCAGACGUGGGCUGGAGGACACUGCCAGCGGGACCCCCUUGACACCCGCAGCUCGAAUAUCAGCCCUCAACAUCGUGGGAGAUCUGCUGCGGAAAGUGGGGGCCCUGGAGUCCAAACUUGCUUCCUGCCGCAACUUUGUGUAUGAUCAUUCUCCGAACCGCACCAACAGCCCCGCCUCAGGGCGGACCAGCAAGGCCAGGGAAGGCGACCUGCGUCCAGGCAGUGGUAACACAACCCUGGGAGACAAGGGGUCGGGGACCCGUCUGGAGUUUGGGAAGCCGCAUCUGCAUCUCUCCUCCCCUUCACAGCCAGCGCCAGCCCCUGGUGUGGUCAAGAUGUUGCUUUAGGAGCCAUGCAGCCUGGAUCCACGGGCUGGGGUGCCUGUGUUCCCCACCCCAAGUUGGGUGGUGGUGGAGAGACAGGGGGGUGGUGGGUCCAAAUCAGCCCUGGAAACGUGAGCAGGCUGUCACGCCCGCCACCAAUGCCCUGCCCUGCCCCUUUGCCCAGAAGUGGUGCUUGAGGUAUCUGGGUACCCCAAGAGCCACAGAAACUGGGCUCAUAUUCUCUUGGGUCCCAGAGGUGUUUUCGGGGUCCAGAGAUGCCUAAAUACUUGCUCUGAGCCUGUCAUAGGCUCUAAUCCCAUCCCCAUGGUUGGAGCAGAAUAUGCUGCCCCAGUGUUCCUUGGCAGCCCACCCUGGUCAUCUCCUGUGCUGGUGGAGAGCAGCAUGUGCCCCAUCUAUACUCCUGUGGGACAUGUCCCUGGGUUUUUUGAUUUCUGGCCUCCUAAGGAGUGCUCAGGGCUUCCAAGUCCCACUGAGGCCAGAUGGCUUGAUGCAAGGUACUGAGGCUACCCCAGAAAGGCUCAGUAUAACACUGGUGCCAAGGAAGAAGCCAGGAUUCCUUUCUGCUCCUCCCAGACUUCUCAGUCAGCCUCUUGGGUGCGUGUGAGGUGGGUCAGGAGAAAACCUGGGUCCUUGUGGGGGUGAACGAUGUGGCCCCCAUCAUCAGCCUCAGUUGCACUGGUUUUGGUUAUGUGACUCUUUAGAAGUGUGAACCACUUCAUGGGGACUGGCCCCAUGCUUAUUGUUGCUUCUGGGAACUGUUGGCUCCCGGGGACAGCCCACCUGCUAUGGGCCCCCAAGCCCUUCUCUAGGACAGGACCCCAAAGAUGCCACCUGGCAGACGCUGUGAAUGUCUGGUGCUCCCUGAAUGUCUCCGAGAGCAGCCUUGGGCCCCACUUCCUGUACUAGGAAACCCUCCCCUGCUCUAAAAUACCCUUUUAUUUUUUCUAAAAGAACAAUAAAAUCCAGAGAUUUA